UCUCAAACCGUUCUUUCGGCCAUUUCGAAUCAGCCGGCAUUCCACGCUAGUCUUGCGCCUGAGCGUGAUUGACCUCUUGAAGCUAAACCUCUCUUAAGAACAUCCAACAAUGAACGAGACCGCCAUCUCUUUCGCCAAGGACUUUUUGGCUGGUGGGAUAGCCGCUGCCAUCUCUAAAACUGCCGUGGCCCCCAUUGAGAGAGUCAAGCUGCUGCUUCAGGUGCAAUAUGCUAGCAAACAGAUUACAGUGGAUAAGCAGUACAAGGGCAUUAUGGACUGCGUGGUACGUAUUCCCAAGGAGCAGGGUUUCCUGUCGUUCUGGAGAGGGAACUUGGCGAACGUCAUCAGAUACUUCCCCACCCAGGCCCUCAACUUUGCUUUCAAGGACAAGUACAAGAAGGUCUUCCUUGAUGGUGUGGACAAGCGCACCCAGUUCUGGAGGUACUUCGCUGGUAACCUGGCCUCCGGUGGUGCUGCCGGUGCCACAUCCCUCUGCUUCGUCUACCCUCUCGACUUCGCAAGAACCCGGCUGGCCGCUGAUGUCGGCAAAGCUGGAGAAGGGAGAGAGUUCACUGGUCUGGGUAACUGCUUGGUAAAGGUCUUCAGGUCUGACGGCCUCAAAGGUCUGUACCAGGGCUUCAACGUGUCUGUGCAGGGUAUCAUCAUUUACAGAGCUGCCUACUUUGGAAUCUAUGACACAGCCAAGGGUAUGCUGCCAGAUCCCAAGAACACCCACAUUGUUGUCAGCUGGAUGAUUGCUCAGUCUGUGACUGCUGUUGCUGGUAUUGCAUCUUACCCCUUCGACACAGUCCGUCGUCGUAUGAUGAUGCAGUCUGGACGCAAAGGAGCUGACAUCAUGUACACUGGCACAAUUGACUGCUGGAAGAAAAUUUUACGUGAUGAGGGUGGCAGGGCUUUCUUCAAAGGAGCCUGGUCUAAUGUUCUCCGAGGCAUGGGUGGUGCCUUUGUGCUGGUCUUGUAUGAUGAGUUGAAAAAGGUCAUUUAGACCUUUCUUGUCCACCAUUCGAUGUGAGAUGUUUUACUGUAACAUAUCUUGUACAUUUGGAAGGACUCUCAAAUUCCGCCUUAUUUAUAGGGACCAACUAGUAUGUCAGCACUAGUUGUACUGGAGGAAGUUCUUUUUGCUUUUUUCCUUGUCUUUUUUUUCCUCACCAUACUGUCAUUCCCAGAGUGAAAGAAUGCCAGGUACUAAUAUCUACCUGUUUUCCAGCCGGUCUGUUUUUAGUCAUUACACCAAUAAAGACCCUCUGAAUGAACCUACACCAUAA